CCCCUCGCCUCUCCCCCUCCAUCGUCUACAUCAGCGAGGGAGCGAGAGAAAGGGAAAGGGAAGGGAGGGGGCGGCGGCAACUCACUUUUGCCAGCACUUUGCAACUCUCUCAGCCCGAGGCAGCCUCUUUUUUUUUUCCCCCCACCCUGCGCGCCAAGCCGGCAUGGCAAGCGCUUUGCCUCGCUCCUGGGGCUCCGUCGAGGCGCACGCCGCGGGAAAGGCUUUGGGGAUCCGGUGAGGAAAAACCGGGGGGCGUCUUUGUAGGGGCAGCCAAGAGAGGAGGAGGCGGAGGAGGGGCUCGGCUUUUUUCUCUCUCUCUCUCGCUUUUCUCUCCACUCUCACGCCUGACCUCCCCUACCCCGGGCGACUUGGGGCAGACUUGCCAGCAGGGCGAGGAGGGAGCCUGGCCGUCGGGGCAACAGGAGGAGAGGAGGAGGAGGAGGAGGAGGGCGAGCGGACAGAAAGCGCCCUGACUGAGCGGAUGGGGUCCCGCUGGUCAGCGUCGUGAGGAGGAAAAGGCGUCCAAGGAGCGACGCGGGACCUUCCCGGGGAAGGAGACGGCGUGGCAAGCUUGGACAACAUCUCCUGAAGAAGAUAAACUAAUCCCAGACACCGCUUUCCAUACCGCCGAAAAACUUUCCUCACAAGGAAAGUUUCAUUUUCCCUCUGUGAGGAAAUUUUCGCUGGCAGGCUCUUGAAAAAUACAUUCUUUUCCCAUGGAUAAAAUUCUCACCUUGUCUCAAGAUAUCUGGGAACUACUUCACCGCCUGAGGAUGAAGAGCAAGUACGCCGUUCUUCUGGUCUUUGUGGUAGCCCUUGUCAUAAUUGAGAAGGAGAACAACAUCAUCUCAAGGGUUUCAGACAAACUGAAGCAGUCUCCACUGUCUCUGCCAGAAGCCAACAGCACUGAUUCUGGGUUGAUGCUGCCAGAGAAUGGCUCCCUCUUGUCACUCAGCGCACUGGACCUGGCCUUCUCCCAGCUUAAACACCGGUUGCAGAACAUCACUUUGCAGCUUGGUGGCACUCUGCUGGCCCCCACUCAAAGGACACGGAAACAUGUUCUCCUCAUGGCCACCACCCGUACCGGCUCUUCCUUUGUAGGGGAAUUUUUCAACCAGCAGGGCAACAUUUUCUACCUCUUUGAACCGCUGUGGCAUGUAGAGAAGACGGUGUCUUUCGAAUCGGGUGGCGCUAAUGCGGUGGGAUCGGCCCUUGUCUACAGAGAUGUUUUGAAGCAGCUGUUCCUCUGCGACCUUUACAUUUUGGAAAACUUCAUCAUCCCAUUCCCUGAGGAUCACCUGACUCAGUUUCUCUUUCGGCGGGGUUCAAGUCGCUCUUUGUGCGAGGACCCUGUUUGCACGCCCUUUGUCAAGAAGGUCUUUGAGAAGUACCACUGCAAGAACCGCCGCUGUGGCCCCCUGAAUGUGACUUUGGCAGUGGAGGCCUGCCUGCAGAAGGAACACAUGGCCCUUAAGGCUGUCCGAAUUCGACAGCUGGAAUUCUUGCGUCCAUUAGUCGAAGAUCCCCGCCUGGAUUUGAGGAUAAUUCAGUUGGUGCGAGAUCCUCGGGCAGUGCUGGCCUCCCGCAUGGUGGCUUUUUCAGGUAAGUAUGAAACCUGGAAGAAAUGGGCUAAUGAAGGUGUAGCAACCCUUAAUGAGGAUGAAGUCCACAGAUUGCGAGGCAACUGUGAAAGCAUCCGACUCUCGGCUGAACUUGGUUUAAAGCAGCCAGCAUGGCUUCAGGGUCGCUACAUGCUGGUCCGCUAUGAGGAUAUUGCCAGAUCCCCUCUCCAGAAAGCCAAGGAAAUGUAUAAAUUCACCGGCAUCGCUCUCACCACGCAGGUGGAGGACUGGAUCCUGAAAAAUACACAGGCCCCUCAAGAUAGCAAUGACAUCUACUCCACCCAGAAAAACUCCUCUGAACAAUUUGAGAAAUGGCGAUUCAGCAUCCCCUUCAAACUUGCCCAGGUGGUCCAGAACAUCUGCACACCAGCCAUGAAGCUGUUUGGCUACAAGUUGGCCAACAGCGCUGAGACUCUUACAAACAGAUCCAUCAGCUUGCUAGAAGAGAGGAGGAACUUCUGGAUCACGUAAAGGUUGCCAUCAUUGGUGGAUUAUUAUUUUUUCCCCAAUCAUAGCGUUCUUUGAAUUGAGAAAGUCUUGAGCACUUAAGCAAAGAACUUUUGGCUUUAUCUGGGAACAAGCAUCACUUGCUGGUAUAUUUGACACUUCCAGGUGGAUUAUAAUGGGAUCACAACACUAGCACAAGGAAAGAUUCUGAAUCUAAUGCAGAGUGGAGGAUUAAACCCUGCGUCCCAGUUUCCCUACCUCAUGUCCACAUGCUUUCUGUCCGAGAUGUCGUCUCUCACCUUCACCAAACAUCCAAAGAGAGUGAAUGUUUUAUAUUUAAAAUAAAUUUAUCACUUGGAAGAAGAAAAAAAAAACAUGGGCUUCUUGACUUGCAGAGAACCUGUGAGAGAAGCAGAACGUUGCACUGAUCUCAUCUAAGGCAGCCUUAAAGAAUCUGUCAGCCAGAUAUUUGGGAAGGGAAGGAAAGAAACUUAUUUAGCACAACUGAAAGAGCGAGAAAGCUGACUGCUUCAUGUGUAGACAGAGCGUGUUUUGUACACGUUUCCCCUAAAAUCCUCGGAUAAAUUGAGGCCUUGUUUAAAUGGAGGAGGUGUGACUGGAUAAGAGAGAUGCAUGGCAUAGAACAGAGGUGGCUCUACCUGUAAGGAGACUUUGGGCCACACACAGUUUUAUGCACUUAGUAUUUGUUUCUAUCCUAACUCACUCAGUGCUUUGAGAGAUUUAAAGCAAACAAGCAAUGAAAUAUUCUAAGAGAAAGAGACUGGAACAAUAGUCAUCCUACAUCUGUGGACAGAGAACUUCACUUACGCCAUUAGUUGCUGUGCCGUCCAUUAGCCUUUCUUUUUUCAAGUCUUUCAUCUGCUUUUCUUACUUAUCUCUGAAUCAAUCGCACCGACCUUCAUCUGGUGUCUGGGACACUAAAGUGCUUUCUCAUCCAAUGAAAGAAAGCGGUGGCUUUAAUUGUGUUUUUCUCCUUCAUCCCUAUAAUUGUUUCUGUCCUUCAAUGUGAUGUUGGAAAUUGCCAGCAUUUCCCUUCUGUAAUUUCUGGGGAAAUGGAUUCUUCCAAGCCACAUUUGUUGAAGCAGAAAGAGGAAAUCUUGGAAGGGAGAAAAGAGCAGCUGGACUUGGUCAAGAGGAAGGCAGCAAAAAUAACAGAAACAGAAAAAGGACCUCUGGUUGCCCCUCUCUGAAAUUCCUCCGACUAAUUUCCAGUGCUGGAUCCUGCAGGAAACAUCUAAUGAAUUUCAUUUAGCUGUUCAUCAAAGCACUUAUUAACAUGGUAGAAAGUAUAAUUCCUGACUGGGAAUUUGGUAUUUCAUCCCACAAUGGAAGCCAUAUCAGGAUCUUGAUGGCCAAAAAAACAAAGUAUCCACUUGGGGGCAAUUCAAUCUGGUUUUCUCUGAACCUGGGUGGAGGCCAACACACACACAUACACCAGUGGUGGGUUCCUCCCGGUUCGGCCCGGUUCGGCCGAGCCGGUGGCAGUGACGAUAUGACGUCACCGAACCGGUUCUCUUUGUUCGGGAGCUGGGCCCUCCCCCCCCUCGCGUUAUUCUUACCUUUUAUUUGGCCCCACCCCCAAUCUAUUCACUGCCUCCCGAGUCCCAGCUGAUCGGCUAGAAGGAAAAAGCUGUUUAAACUCUUGCCACAGGGCUUCAAAGGGCCGCCCUACAGCUGAUCAGUGUUAAAAGGCAGUGCGGUGGUAGACCGGUGCCUCCAAAAACAAAUGGGUAGACCAGUGCCUCCAAAAACAAAUGGGUAGACUGGUGCCUUCAAAAACA